GAGCGCUGACGUCGUCGUUGCCCUGGUGGUUGCGGUUGGUAGCGUCGUUUUCCGUGGGUGCUGGAGGUGCCACCGUGUCGUGUUGAGCGAAACCAACGUGCCGUCGCGCACAAGGCGUCAUCGAAGCGAAGGCAUCGCGCGCAGUCUUCUUCUGAGCGCAGCUAUUCAAGACGUCGUUUUCGUCGCUUUGCAGAGAAGCAGCUUGCGCCACGCUCGGUACCCCGGAAGAGAGCCAUCGACUUUCCCAGUUUACGGCCCAAAAACUGCCCUGCGCCGCAGGGAGGAAAAGUGGUGCGUGUGUCUGCGCGCUGCUCUGUCGCCCGCUGCAGGUGUAUAUCUAUCUAUCUCUACGACUCGAAGUGCAAAGAAGCUGCAGCCACUCGCUCCCUGCUUCUGCGAACGCGGACCCUUGCUUGUUGCUGUGCGGCGCGCCUCCAUCCACGCCCGAAGAGAGCUGCGCGCUAGCGCAGUCAGUCGCCUAGCGAUUAGUGGUGAUUUGUUGCACCGCCUACUGGGACACUCCUUCGAGCCGCAGUUUAUGGUGAGAGAACUACUGAAUCGAGAGAUUCGCGCUCACGAAGAAUCCGAUCUGCACUCGUUCCUUGAAACUGACGUGAAAAAAAAAACCAGGGAUCGGCUUCCUGACUUCAACGUCUCCUUGUCAGUGCUCUGACGUCACCGCGCUGUGAAAGUGUGAACAUCGGUAGUGUACCUCCUGGGCAGGCGAUUUCGUUGAACAAGCGCGACGCCACUGGGCUCCGGAGGCCGUUCUUGAUCAACCAUUGCUUCCUCGAACGAUUGUUUCACAAACAGAAGUGUAAUUACACCCUGAAAAAGCGCUACAAAGUGCCGUUUGCGCGUCUGCCCAUUCAUCGGUCACCGUACGCGCUCCGAGUUCCUGGGGUCGUCGCCGUCGCCGCCGCUGCUGUUUGCUGCACCGCGCGCGUCCUUGACGCUUCCUCGCCCCGUGUUCGAGCUCGCCAUGGGUCCGGUAGCGGAAGCGCUGCUUCCCUCUUGGGUCCGAGCCGCUCGCCGCGCGUCCGGGCCGAGGAUGCCGGCCGCGGUGCGCUUCGUGCGUCCCAUCAUGGGUCCGUGCAGGCCGACGCCGAACUCGCCGUGGACCGCCGAAAGCCGCGCGCUGUGGGCGUCUGUCGGCGGCGGCACGACGUCCGGUGGCAGCGCAAGGGGCCGUCCCGCUGGUGAGCCAGAUGAAGCCUACAUCACAGAGGACAUGCGCGACAAGGCGUACAACAUCUGCCGCGAGUUCCUGAGCGGCACGUGGAAAAGCAUCUCGAGCCGGGACAUGGUGUUCAAGUCCGUGAGUGGUGGCCUGAGCAACCUCCUGUACUACUGCUCUCUGCCCGAGACGCACACGCCCCUGUACGGCGAGCCCAGCCAGGUGCUGAUGCGCAUGUACGGCCAGAUCCCCAGCGAGGGCAGUGACACCACCGUCACCGAGAGUGUCAUCUGUACUCUGCUGUCAGAGCGAAACCUGGGGCCCAAGCUCUACGGGGUCUUCCCAGGAGGGCGCCUUGAGGAGUACAUUCCUGCGCGGGCAUUGACGCUCCAGCAGUUGAAGGACCCGGAAAUAUCACUGCUUAUUGCAAAAAAGUUGGCAAGGGUCCAUGUAUUGCAAGCCCCCUUGGUCAAGGAGCCCACCUGGCUUUUCAACAACAUGAACAGGUGGCUCAAGUAUGCACACUCCAUCAAGGUGGACACUGUGCCCAUUAAGCAGCACACUAUGGCUGUCAAGCUGCUCACAACUGACCUUGCAGCUGAAGUCAACUGGCUGAAGGAGUUCUUGGGAAAGAUCGAGUCUCCGAUUAUGUUUUGCCACAAUGACCUUCAGGAAGGAAACAUUCUUUUCAUGGAUGCUCCGGGACCUAAGGAAGAGAACAUGGUGUUCAUUGAUUACGAGUACUGUGCCUACAACUAUAGGGGCUUUGACAUAGCAAACCACUUUUGCGAAUGGAUGUACGACUACUCUUACCCUGAGCAUCCUUACUUCAAGGCCCAGCCUGGAGACUAUCCAUCUGUAGUGCAUCAGCGGCUGUUCAUUGAGCGAUACCUGACCACAUACAUGAAGUGCCAGGAGAUGACGACUGAGCCUAAGCAGCCACCAAACCUUUGCACCGUAGAUUAUGUGCUCCAUGAGGCACGAGUCUUUGCGCUGGCCUCUCACCUCUUCUGGACUCUCUGGAGCAUUUUCAACGCUCACACGUCAAAGAUCAAGUUCGGCUAUUGGGAGUAUGGCCAGGCACGACUUGAUGCAUUCUUGGCACUGAAGUGCGAACUGCUCCAUGGAAACGAUACGCCAGAAGUGGCACUUUCCCCCAACCAUACAUCACAGAGGGUUGUCAAGAUGUAGGGCAACAAUGAGCAGCUGUCUCCUGGAUGCCUGCUUUAAAUCCUCUCCUCAUUGGUGCAUUCAAGGUGUGCGCAAUGACUGAGCAACGCCGAAGACUUCCAUUGCAUCCACCACCUUCGAAGUGCAAAUCCCAAACCAAGUCUCUUAAGCUUCCUGAACAAGAGAAUGGCUGAUGUUUCAUGUCGUGGCGAGGCAUGUUCGACGAGUCUGAACUGCUCUAUCAUGUGCUGUGUGCGCUUUGCUGGCAAGGCUUUCACCAGGCUAACAUGAAAGAGACUUGUCUCGAGUGUCUGGCCAUUUCACAUCUGUCCUUUCAUAUUUGGUAUGGGUUUGUGUGCUUGUAUGAAUAGACCAAAGGGACCCGGUACCUUUCUUCCUUUUCUGUUGCGUUUGAAAUUUGUGAGAAAAGAGCUUCACUACGGGCACUUUGCUCAUGUCCAUGUGCCACUGUGGAAACGAUGUGUGGUGACAAACAUUUCGCCAGUGUCAUCCUAUUUUUGUGGAAGUGAACUGAACAUGUUCCUUCCACAGACAGUGCUGCCAUCCUGCAGGGGGAGUGUGACUUCAGCACCAAUUUGGGUGAACUGUGCUGUUCGAACACACUCACUCCUGGCUGCAAACCAUUUGUACUCGGGAGGCAAGUGUCUUGCUGCCCCUUCUUGUGUCUUAGCUGGGCUCUCCCAGAGCCAUCGUUGCAUUUCACCGUCGUUCCUCAAGUGUGCUUGGAAGUGGCCUCAGAGAGGUGUUUGUGCGUGGAAAAGCACUGGGUGUGCCUUACUAAAAGUGCUGAGUAAAGUUCCCAUGAUUGGAGUGUGAAGGAGUCUGUAGGAAAGCUACAAAGGUGACAGGUGCCACACUUCAACACAUUUGUUUCUUUUUUUGCCUCUAAAGGAGCUUAAAAAGGUGCCACUACACGCACUGUACGUUGCAGUGCUAGUGGAAGCAUAAUGGGUCCGCACUGUAGUAAAGCUCCUGCGGUCUUUGGGCAAGGGAGCAAGAAUGCCUUUAGCGUGCAUUAUGUGCUGCCUUUAUCUGACAAUACCUUGCACGGUGCUCUCUGAUGAAAGUGAUGCACCUUUUGAGGUGUGCGGGUGCGAAAAGCGAAAAGGUCAUUGCGCUAAGCUCUUGCCACAUAUGCUAUGUACUACAUGGUUUAAAUUGUGAGGUGCAGUUUGUCUGCUUGUGACGGGACACCUUGUCACAAAUGACUUGUAUUGUGGUUCUCAAAAGCCUUAGGUCAUCGAAUAAAAUGGGCUUUUAUAAAUGCUGGACCCAAAACUAGCAGGGGUCAUCUGCCCUGCAAACAAGAAAAGCCCAGGGUGCAAGCCAUUUGUUUCCUCUAUUUAUGAAGCUCUAUGUGGCUGGAGCACAGUACUAUGCUCCAUUGACUCUUUGUGCUGCUUGUAGUAUUUUGGUGCCUCAACAGUGGCUAUCAUGCUAGAGUAUGCGUUCCUUUUAACAUGCAGUGUGGGUUAGUUUUCUGUCUCUAAGUGUAUGUGCAUGCAAGUGUUGCUGACAGGACUGGAACAAACGGCACUUGUAGGCGACAAAAGCGCAUUUGUGAGCGUGUACAUUAUUGUGUCUUGUUUUUGCGAGUCAGCUGUACGAGAUUGCCGUGCAAGCUUCUUCUACAUUGCGCAGGGCUGCUGACUCAACAGAAUUGAGCAUAAUGCUUUAAGCAAAAAAGAGAGUGAAUGUGAGAAGCACCGGAUCACUAAAAGAAACAAGAAUGGUGCUCUAGUCAUUGCAUUUUUCUUUUUAUGACAGUUUGUUUUUCCCUCCCACCAAAGUUAAUGAGCGAAAAAGCUGAUUGGGCUUUCCUGUUCCCAAUUGGAGGGAUGGUUUUGUCCCAGCUGUUUUGACCACUGCCCACAUUCCACCGAUUGUCAACACUGAAGCCUGAGUUUUAUAUACGGGGUGCAAGGAGCAUGCUCCCAAAACCCCAUCAGAUCCACUUGAUGCAAACUGCCACCUUAUCAUUUGCACAACAGAAGUUGUGUUUGGGCGACCAACAGGAAAAAGAACAUCUGGCAUGCUUUUGAGGAGUACAGUUAAUGUUUUUGCUGCAGAAUGGUGAGGGGUGGCAUGAGAUGUAUUAUUAAAUGCUGAAGUUGCUCGCCAUGUGUGAGCAAGGGAGAUUCGAACUAUUACAUCUGCUGCAUUUGUUGUUAGAGUACUGAUUAGGUGUUCCUUUUCAUAUUGGACAACCCCAUAUUGUAUAAAAUUACAUCUGACAGUUUACAAGACAAAAAUGAGAACAGUAUUUAGGUGGUUUGCAUUAGCAUCAAAUUGCUUGUUUAAUGCACGAUAUUUGAUAGAUGUGCUAUGCAUAGCUUGCUUCUAGUUGAACUGAUUGAUGCCACGUGCCCUUGCCGUAUUUUUUUUCUUCUUUUUCACAUUUAGACACAUCUUCACACUUGAAGGAAACCUACUGCCACUUUCAGUGUUAUUUUUCAGGUGCAGUGCUUUGGUCUAGCACGUUGUGCUGCUCUUUCUGAGUUGAAUGUUCCUGCGUGUUCUCAAUGUUUUGGCAGCAUUUAAUUAGCGGGAGACUUGAGGUUGCAAAUAGCUUCAAAGAGUAGCAUCCUUUAAGAUCCGUGUGUUGCAUGUUUUUAAGCAUUGCUGUGCAAUUUUGUUUCUCCCUUUCCUGCUUACUCAAGUGCAAUGUUUUUGUGAUUCGUUUAUGUACUGCAGCGGAUGUGUCACUUCAACUAAGAAUCCUGUUCACCUGACAGGUGUGGAGUUGUUCAUUUAAGACAAAGCCCAUAAUAGUGCUGGGAAGGACCACUUGCAGAUGGAUUUUUUUCCCCCUUCCCGCCUGGAAACCAGUUUCUAUCUGUGUCACACAUUUCUGAGUUUGGUACUACUCAUGACCUAGUCUCCCAGACUGAACUAUUUUUUAGCUUUUCACACGAGCUCUCUCGAUGUACACUGUGAUGUGUCUGUAAAUAAAGGUGAUACUGUGAUUUACA